AUGGGUCUAGUCAAGCGUCAGGACGACAGCUCGGCGUCCGCCUCAAGUACUGAUAAUCCCGCUUCCUCAUCUUCUCCCGCGCCCACCGAUUCAUCCACGCCUGCCGCCUCCACAACUCAACCGACCUCGACUCCCGCCCCGACGUCCACCGCCGCGCCCACCUCCUCCGCCGCACCGACGUCCACGGCCGCACCAACAACUACUUCGGCUGCCGCCCAAACUACAUCUUCGGCUGCCAUGUCCACUCCGUCCACGACCUCUGACGCUGCCUCUGCUACAAAUACUUCUGUAUCAUCAUCUACCGACCCUGCUACAUCUACAACACCAGCCUCUUCCGCCUCUUCCGCUUCGGCCACGGCCUCGGCGGAUGCUUCUUCGGAAACGCCCACGUCCACGACGCCCAGCAGUACUCCGGUCACGAGUACAACGCCGAGCAGCACUCCCGCGACGUCCACCACACCAACGUCGACGUCGCCGACUUCAACUCCACCCACAUCCUCUGAUCCGCCCACAUCCACAACUCCCACGUCCACUCCAUCCUCGAGCACUGACACUCCUUCAAGUACACCUUCCUCAAGUUCAUCCGUUGCGCCAACGUCUGACGUUGUUUCCUCCUCUUCCUCCACUCCCGCAUCGUCGACGCCUGCUUCGUCGACGCCAGCCUCCUCAGAUUCCUCAACUUCAUCCUCGGCAUCGCCCUCCCAGACGUCUUCAUUGCCGGCUGCGACCUCGAGUGCAAUAGCCGCCUCCUCAAGUUCCGCAGCUAUCGCGAGUUCGAGUUCCGCCUCGGCUGCUGCAGCAAGCAGAUCCAGUGCAGGAACGUCCCCGACCUCGACCGGCCCGGCUGCGGACACGACCUUGCAGUCGACCGUCUUUGUCCUAUCAACUGCCGCAAAUGGCCAACCGACUUCUGUGGCGCCAUCGGUCAUCACUUCUUUUGUUGCCUCGACAGAAAGCGAUGGCAUGGUCGUUACCCAAACCCUGGUCGUGGCCAACCCGACACCCUUGACAGACGGUGGAGGAUCCGCCAACGAGUUCUUCAAGAACAAGGGGGCAGUCGCCGGUGUGUUCGUCGUGGUCGGUCUCGCCGCCGCCGCAAUAUGCCUUUUCCUAUUCUUCUUCGUUCGCCGGCGUCGCCGUACCCGCAAAUUAGAGCAUGAUACGGCGGUGUCGGCCACACUGGCUGCGGCGGGCUACAAUCGCGCGCCAAUCGACGAUGAAGAUCUGGGGCCGCAAAUGUCACAACGUGGGAGUGCAGCUAUGGCGUCAGGAUCGUCGCGCCCGACGCUACAGACGGAUGAGGAACUUGGUGCCGGUACCGGUGGUCAGUUCUUUGACCCGUAUGCCUCGGUCGGUGCUGCCGCGCCUGCCGCGUUUGCUGCAGCAGGGGCAGGCGCGGCAGGGCGUGCCGCCAGCCCACCUCCCGGCGCCGCGACACGGCCGCGUGCCUCCGCCCACACGCCGAGCUAUAGCGCGGGCAGUUAUGAACCGCUGCUCGCCAACUUCUCUGCAGGCGGCAGUCCUGUUGAGCCCUAUAAGGACACGCCGGACAGCCCGUCACCGCCACCUCCCCCGCCGCGGAACCCGCGUCGCAUGCAGGAUGCCGCCAACCGGGAGAGCGAUGACGAGAAGAGUGUGUACGAGGACGACGGCGCUGACUCGCGACUUGAUCCCGGCCUGCGGGAUUCGGAUCCGGAAUUGAGAGACGACAUGGACUACUCGAGGCCCGUGCUCGGCGUCCGGAAUGCUACACCGGAGGACGACGUAGGCGGGCCUCGUGCGAUGUAA